AUGAUACUGUACGACUUAGCUGGAGUUUUCACAAAAAUCCAAUUUUGCGCCACUUUCCUCAUCAACUCAUUUUUGAUCCUUCUCACUCUUUGCUACAUCAAAGAAGUCUUCGGGGCUUAUAAACGAAUGGUGAUCUACUUCGCAGCUCUCGGUAUGAUAUUCUCAGGACUAGAAGUAACUGCAAGGCCGUACACCCACAACUACAAAGCCUCUUUGUUAUUCUUCAGUGUGACAACUCUCAACCUUCCUCGAGAAGUCAUUUGCCUCAUGAUAUCCUUGUGGGGUGGCUGCUGGAUUGUUAUAGUCUCCUUUAUAGCCGUUCAGUUUGUGUACCGAUAUCUAUGCUUGUUCAAGGCACAGAAAAUCAAAAAGUUUGAAGGUGUGAGAAGUAUAUUUUGGCUGAUUUACCCUAUGUUGCCUGGAGUAUGCUACACAGUUGCCAUGAACUUUCUGUGCGCAGCUGAUGACUACGCAGAUGAUUAUGUCAGAGGGCUGGUGUCUGAAAGAUACUCUAUGGAAAUCUCAAACCUACCAAGAUUCCCCAUGCUUCCGUACGCUGCCGAUGGAUCGUUACGGUGGAAAAGUCUAGUCUACCUUCCGAUUUGCAUUUUCCUAAUCGGAAUUCACUACAUUAUCAUCAUAUAUUGCUGUCUCAGAAUGCAUUUUAGCAUGAAAAAGGAGCUCGCCAAGUUCUCAACUCAAAACCAGAAGCUCCAGCGGCAAUUCUUCCACGCGCUCAUCGUGCAGACCCUUGGACCAACCAUUUUCCUAGUGAUACCUGCCUCACCAAUUCUUGUGCUCCCGUUGCUGGCUCCAAUGUUUGGGUUUGAUAUCGACUUGCAAACGGGGAACCUUUUUGCAUUUGUUGGAUUCUACCCACCAUUUGAUAGUAUUGCUUUUAUGAUCAUUGUCAAGGAGUAUGUUAAAGUGAUUAAAAAACACGUGCUAUGUGGAUUGGGAACUGACAACCAAGUGUCCGCCGUUGAAGCUUUCACCCAGAAUGUGCAAUCAUAA